AUGGACGCCGUGGAUGCUCUACGCGCGUUCUUCCUGCUGGCCGCCGCCACAACCGUCUCCAUCAGCAUCCCGGCAUCUCUACGCGACCGCUUUCUAGCCUAUGGGCCGCGCGCAACCUCGACUUCGACCUCGAACUCAUCCGACCGAUCAGGCGCAGCUCGUGCCCCGGCCACCGAGGGUGCGAAGCAGGGGCUCCUUGACUAUCUGGCGACAUGGCAGGUGCCUCAUAGCUACUUCACGCACUUUUAUAUUGCUUCCCUGCUCUCGUCUGUCUUCUGGGCGGCCCAACUACUGUCUCGGGGCAUAGUAUUCCAGGCUAUCGCUACUCGGGUGAGCGAGGAGCAUCGGCAGCAGUCAAUGUCCAUGACGCAGCUUGUUAUCUGUUGGAUUUUUUUGGUUAUGCAGGGAUCCCGCAGGUUGUGGGAAUGCCUCAAUUUUUCAAAAUCUUCUUCUUCGCAGAUGUGGGUUGUUCAUUGGGUCGUGGGGUUGAGUUUUUAUCUGGCUGCAGGUGUGGCGAUUUGGAUUGAGGGCUCAGGAACGCUCUUGACCAAAGAUCUGACCAUUCACCAUCUGAAGAUCACCAACGCUCCAAGCAUGCGGACAUUCUUCCUCGUCCCACUCUUCCUUGUCGCAUCAGGCCUCCAGCACGACUCGCACCACUAUCUUUUCUCUCUGGAAAAGUACACGCUGCCGCAACAUCCCAUGUUCAGCGGCGUCGUAUGCCCCCACUACGGAGCUGAAUGCGUCAUCUACCUAACGCUCUCACUACUAGCCGCUCCACGUGGAGCUCUAGUGAACAAAACUAUGCUCGCAUGCAUGGCCUUUGUCGUCGUAAAUCUAGGCCUAACUGCCCGUAACACCAAGAAAUGGUAUGCACAAAAGUUCGGCAACGACUCGGUCAAGGAUUGGUGGUAUAUGAUUCCUUGGGUAUACUAG